UUUCACAGACAAUGUUAGAAAAGAUGAAACUUUUGAUGAGAAUUAUCAUGAAUUUUAAUUAGUCUUGAUUGGUCAAAUGAUGAUGAUGGCAUGUCCGCGUUACCACAGAAAGGGUGUGCAGUAGCUUCUGAGAGUAAAGACCCCUGAGCAUCCUAGGACAAAAGUCCGAUUUCUACGUCAUAUGAAGAUGACACUCACACAUUUGCUUGUACAACUCCUUUUUACAGGGGGCUCUUUCACACACCUCACAGAUAGAGCACAGGCUGAAGAACAACCAGGACUUGAACCCAGGGUGCCCAAAUCACGGAGAAGACGCUCUACCCCUAGGCCAGGAAAUAAAUAUCCAAUUUAACAUUUAAAGAUAAAUGGCGGGCAUUGUAGCAUCUUUAAUAAUAUUUGUAAACUUUACACAAAUUUAGAAACCAUUUAAAAUCCCUGAAAUUUUCUCUGUAUGGCAAUAAUGAAGUAAAAAGCUAAGAAGAAUUGCAAAUGUGUACUUGAACUUAUGCAUAGCAAAUAAGUCCUAGAAAUAAAGAAUUCUAUGUUGCUGACUACUUACUUAUUUUCACUACUUAACUUGAAGACAUGAGAAACCAUCCAAUAUAUUAAAGAACUGGGUUUAAAGAAUUCAAGCCUAGAUGAAUAAGGAUAUUGUAAUGGCUGGUUCUAUUAUGGUAUAUAGCUUUAGGUUUGCUGAGUCAGACAUAGAAUUUAUAAAGAAAUGCCAAGGAGUCAUGGUUAUAAUUUUCAUCAAAUGCAAUCGUAAAUGGUUUGGAUAUAACUUCAUGUCUGUGAUUUCCUCAAAUUUUCACAUAUUAAAACUGUGUUAUUUUAAUUGUCUUCCAUAUAUUCUGUACAUGGAUCUUUCCAAUGGUGAUCAUUCCCAUGGCAUCAUACUAUUAUUUAAAUAUGCAGCUCAUCUAUCUUCUAAAUUUUACAGAAUGCCAUCAAUGAUCAUCUGUCAUCUUCCAUGCAAAUUCUAAAGCUUUAAUGGAAUUUCCAGCCUCGAAAUUUUCUAAGACAGUGGAGUAGUGAUUCAAGAUACUACCAUUAAAAAUAACGAAUUGCAGAUCUGAAACCAAUUUUAUUGGUGUUAUGUAAACACACUUGGUGUACAGUACUAUGCAAAUUUAUUGGGACAAAAACUUUUUAUAAAAUUUUCUGUCAGGCACGAGUUUCUACAACAUAUUUUUACUAAGACAAUUGGCCUUGACUAGUCUAAACUGGUUUAACCAUGUGAUAAUAAUCUUGAGAGAAUUCAUUUUUCUGAAGAUACUGGUUCAUCAACAAUAAGAUGAAAGCUUAUAUAAGCAGGAAGAUGGGCAAGACAUUAAUCAAAAAAUAGUUAUUGACAGCUGAAACGAAGAAGAAAUACUUGUAAAUUCCCUGGAAAUAUUAAUCCUCAAUUAAGAAUAAAGUUUUAUUCAGUGAUGAAAUGCCUUUUUUUUUU